AUGGCAUCUGCUCAGGGACUGGCUGCAAGGUCUAAUGUGGAUGACUGCAACGUUGUAGCAUAUCAAGCUAUCGCAGAUGUUCUUACUCACCAACCCCUGCCGCAACCAGGUGCAAACCAAGCACAGCUACUAGAAAUUGAGAUUCUUGGGCAAAGCCAUCCAGUCCCUCCAGGCUCGCAUGUCCUCCAGGAUGAAAAUGCCGUGGCUGUACCCAAAGCCUCGCUUAUAUCGGCUUUUACAGAAGCCCGCAGAAGAUUUCUGCAGUUGAUGCAAGACAUCUCCCGCCAUGAUUCCCAAGUCCUCGAGGCCACGGCCGUGAUGCUCCUCUUCGACCCGGAGCACCUGACCGCCGCAAACACGCGCAAGAGGCUUCUCUUGCUGCAGGCUUCUCGAAGCAGCAUGGAUGUUUUUGCUCCCCUGUUAUCUCGAGAGAUGUGGCUCGUCGACUCGCUUCUCACGAGCCGUCUGAACCGACACACAAAAUCUCCAACGUUGUGGGGUCACCGAAGAUGGCUGGUCCGGAUGUGUACCACCACAUGGGGCCUGCCGAUUAAAAUUUACGAUAGUUUUGUUCAAUUGGUGAUGGUCUCGGCGGAGAGACACCCAAGGAACUAUUAUGCCUGGAGCCAUGCACGAUAUUUGAUGACGUUGCAUGGCAGCCCGUCCAAAGAAACAGUAUGCACAAACCACGCACAGGAAACUCGCAGGAUCACCGAGGCUGUGAAGGUCUGGGUAUUCCGGCAUCACAGCGACACGUCAGGGUGGUCAUUUUUGGCGCACCUCAGUCUCUAUAUGCCAGAGGAGGAGUGGAAGGCCAUAGUCAAAGAGACGGCAGAGUUGGCCAUGUCGCUGCGGUGGACAGGCGAGUCUGUUUGGGUAUUCUUGCGUUCGGCCAUUGCCUCUGGAAGAUCGGGGCUGGCUGGCAAGGAGAGCUUUGCCGCGGCAGUCGAGGCUCUGCAUUGCGCGCUAUCACAGGAGCCCAAGAGACUCGAGACUGUACGCAAGGCUGAACACUGGGUUCAGAUCCACGAACGUGUGAGUCUGGAUGCGUCUAGAUGA